AUGCAUCCACGCAACAGCGCGCCAAUCCCCCAAGAUCGCAAGACACGCGCCAGCGCGAGGAUCACGAGCACGACAUCCUCGACAUCACACGCGCUCUCUGGUCAAAUUCGCGCCGACGCCGUAAAAUCUACGUCGAUCUACUUGUUCCGUCUGUGCGAGCGCUCCGCCGCAUCACGGAACGGGCUACGCAACGUCGACGUCUCAGCCGGCAGAACAGCGCCGGGGAGUACAGCCCGGAUCUAUACUACCAGCAGCACCCAGGGCCACAUCCAGCCGCGCGACACAGCAUACCAGCCCGACGUAGACUCACGCACGACGCCGAGUGCUGCGAGGUUCACGUCGGCAGCACGACACCUAGCAGAGUGUCAGCAUCGCGCCGCACCAGAGAACGCGUCGCAGCAUCUCAUCUGUGACGCUCUAGCCGCGUUCUGCACAACGCUGGCGUCGACGUCGAAACCUGGGCCCUACUCGAAGACGUCAGCCUCCGCAGUGUCGGGGAAUACGUAA